CACUACUUGGCAAAAGUUAGUACCGAAUGGCCUGUUACAGAUUAUGGGCCCUGUGGCUUCUCUGUCUGCUCAAGGGACCAGAAGCCUCUAGAGGAGACCCAGCCCCCAUGCAGGUGAUUGGAACUCUAGGAAAGUCCGUCACUCUCCACCUGGAAAUCCCAAGGGGAGAGGAGCUCGAGGACCUUACCUGGAGCAAAGAAGGAACUAUUGCUAUCGUAACUCCAGGGGAACCAAUAAAAGUGAUUGAUAAAAAAAUUAGAGACCGAGUGGAGGUAAUGAGCAACAACUACUCCCUACAAAUCAACAGUCUGACACUAGAGGAUGCAGGAGUCUACAGAGCCCAGAUAAACAUAAAAGACUCGGAUAUGACCACCACCAAGGAAUAUAACCUUCAAGUCUACGAGCAGCUCACAGAACCCCAAGUCAGAAUGAAUUCCACUGUGCUUAAGGAUGGACAUUGCAUUAUCUUCUUGAUAUGUUCUGUGAAUGCUAGAAGAAAUGAUGUGACAUAUAGCUGGUCACCCUUGGGUCCAAAUGCUGCUGUAUCCAAUGGAGGAUCUGUUAUCCAAAUCUCCUGGAAACCCUGUAAUGCUGACUGGAACUAUACAUGCACAGCCAAGAAUCCCGUGAGCUUUAGCACAUUUCAAGUCACACCUUCUUGGGAUCUCUGUCCAGGGCCAGGAACCUCAGAAGGGAACUUGACUCCCACAAUAGUGAUUGGGACCCUGGGAGACCUGAUCACUUUCCCACUGGAGAUUCCAUCAGGAGUUGAGAGCAUUGUCUGGAUUUCAAAUACUUCUCUUACCAAGACAGAACCAGGAGAAGUGGGAAAGCUGAAAAGAGUCAAGACCCAGAGACCUGAUAGAAUCAGAGAUCCUGCCCGGGACUUCUCCCUGCAAAUUCCUAAUGUGCAGAUGGAGAACCAAGGACUCUAUAUAGCCCAUGUGUGCACCAACUCCUCCAGCAUCCCAACAACACACUGGUUUUCCCUGCAAGUCUACAAGCAGCUAAAGAAAAUUAAAGGUACCGUGAGCUCGAGGACCAAUGAGAACCAAACUUGUACCAUCACAAUGACCUGUCAGGUGCAGGACAACAGUUAUGGAGACAAUGUGACGUACAGUUGGACACCCCUUAGGGAAAGAGUCUUUGGGUUGCAUGAAGGGCCUGUCCUCAGUGUCUCUUUGAGACCUGGGGACAAUAAAGUGAACUACACCUGUACAGCCAGGAAUCCCGUCAGCAACAGCUCUUACUCCUUCCCAGCUUGGCAGCUCUGUCCAGAGUCUAAGAAAAACAGAAAGGCCUGGUUGGCACUCCUUGGGCUUCUUGGACUGCCAGUCCCCUGCUGGUAUGUUUGGAAAAAGAAGAGACGAGGUCACUGUUUUGAUUGCUGCCGUACCCAAACCCAGAGUGGGACCCCUGAAGAAUUACCAGAGUACAAGAAGUUGGAACUUGUCUUUGAAGGGAGUUCCAGGAGAGAAGGCAGCGUGGACAGUGAUACAACCUUAGAAGACAACAUGGUACACAAGCCUAUUUGUGAAAGUACUGUGAAACAUGGUCCUAUGCCAGAUGAAGGUGAUGCAUAUGAUGCUGUCUGUGGUGAGGAAGAAAUAUAUGACCCUGUCACUCCAGAGGAAAUAUCAUAUGUACAAAUCAGCCAGGAAGAGACCCCAAAUCCUCAGAAGUUCCAGAGUUCAGAGACAAUUUACUGCGUGGUGAAGAAACCCCAAACGGUGGGAUCACUGAAAAGUGACACUGAGUCUCCAGAGGCCUCUCUCUAUGAAAAUCUCACCUGAACAGUGGAGUCACUGCCUAUGUCUGUCUUCUGACUGUGGAUAACAAAGAGAAAGCAGGACCUUAUUAGCACAUGGAUGAUCUGAGGGUGAAUAUCCCUACAUAUGGGAAGAUCCUGGGAUUUCCUUGCAUUGCUCUACACAUAUUCUGAGUUCCCUUAGUUUGGUUCCCAGAGCAGAGUGGAUUUGGGCUAAGAUACUGGUCUGAAGGGUAGACAGAAGGACUCAGGUUCUUUUUUAAUUGAGCUCUUAGAAUUCUCUCUAAUGACAACUGGAGUUGGGGAUUUUAUCUCCACAGUAGGAUGCUCCCUAUGCCUGGAACCUCUUCUUACUUCUGCCUUCUAGUUUUCUGUCUUCCUUAAGGUGUCUCUGAUUCUACUUUCUGCAGGAGGUCUUUCCCAUCACUCCAUAUCCCUUUCCUCUGAAAUUAACUAUCUCUCUCUCUCUCUCUCUUUCUCUCUCUCUCUCCCUUCUCCCUUCUCCUUUUUCUCUCCCUUUCUCUCUCCUCUCUCUCUCUCACACACACACACUUCUCUCUCUCAAUCUCUC